AUGACUUCUACAAAUCUUGAUCUUUAUGUUGAUGAAGCUUAUCUUUUAGCUUUGAUCAAUGAAGAACCGAUUCCAAUAUCGGAUGAGAAAUAUGCAGAAGAAUUACACCUUCAAGAAGCUCUUUACUCAUCUUCAUCAAAUCCUUCAACUCAAGAAAAUCCCCUUUUUAAAAUCCCAAAAACAGAGGAUGUUCUUUACUCAUUUUCAUCACUUCCUUCAAUUCAUGAAAAUUUCCUGUUUAAAAUCCCAAAAACAGAGGAUGAAGAACAGAGCAUUUUAGAAAACAGAGAAAGAGGUGAAUCAUCUGAAACUAAGCUCGUUUUCUGUGGAAUUUGUAUGGAUUACAAACCAAAGACAGAAAUUUUCAAUGGUUUAAACAUUUGCAAUCAUAAAUUUUGCACUGAUUGUAUAAUCAAAUACGUGGCGUCGAAGAUUAGGGAAAAUCAUGAAAUGGUGAAUUGUCCUGAUCCUAAAUGUAAUCAAGCAAUAGAACCAGAAAAUUGCAGUGCAAUUUUACCUAAAGAAGUGUUUGUAAGGUGGGAAAAUGUUUUAUUUGAAGUAAUGAUUCCUGGGGGGCAGAAAUUUUACUGUCCAUAUAAAAAUUGCUCUGUUUUAAUGGUGGAUGAUGGUGGGGUGGAGGUGAGGGAAUCGGAGUGUCCGAGUUGCCGGAGAUUGUUUUGUGCACGGUGUCAAGUGCCGUGGCACGACGGCUUAAGCUGCGAAGAGUUUCUUGAGCUGGGGAAAGAUGAGAGGGAGAGAGAGGAUAUAAUGGUGAUGAAGCUUGCUAAGGAUAAGUCAUGGAAGAGAUGCCCUAAUUGUAAGAUUUUUGUUGAGAGGAGUGAUGGUUGUGUUCAUAUGACUUGCAGGUGUCACUAUGAAUUUUGCUAUCAAUGUGGAGAUAAGUGGAGUAGUACCCAUGUUCAUGCAUAAUGAGGAGGAAUAAGACUAUCUGUGAACUCUAAUUUCUACUACAGACACAGUUUGAUUGGAGAAUCUAAGUUCUAUUUCCAAAUUUUCAAGAGUUGUUUAACAUUUGAUAUACUCAUUUAGUCUUGAAAAUUACUUUUCUAUGCAACUUUAUGUAGUAUGCAAAUGUUGUAGUUUAUUUGUUUGAUCCACUUUUGAGGAUUCUAGAUCAUACUUGGUUAACAUUUGAUAUUCGAUCUACUCUUAAUGAUUUUAAAUUCUAUUGCCCAAAAUUUCUAGAGCUUGUAUGGCUUUACCAGGCCUACUUGGUCUUUUUUUAGUUGAUAUGGUGUGAAUUAUCCAAUGGAUAGGCAUUGGCACUAUGUCAAAAUGCCUCUUUUCAUUUUUGGUUUACAACUAGAUAAUGCUCAAGCCAUGCUCAAUUUUUAAAAUUAAUAAACAGUGAUGGAAACAUCAGUAAUCAAUAAACAUAUAUAUACUAAAGGCGAAACCAGGAAUGACACUUGUCAUUUCUUGGAAAACCCACAUUUUUUUCUCUUUCCUUCUUAAUUUUUUUGCCAUAUUUUAAUGACAUCUACAUAUUUUAUAACCUAUAAUAAUAGUUAUUUCCAUUUUGACAACAUAUUUAAUCCAAUAUUACUCAAUUAAAUUUUUUA